UUAUAUUAAAAAAGAAAAAAAUCCUAGUUGGAGAUGAAUCAGGGAGAUGCUGUGGUGGGUUCAGGCCCCUCUCGGGGGGGGUUUAGCUCAAGUCGGACCCGACGCCCCGGGCAGGGCCGGGUGAGGCGGCACAAACCGGGUUAAAGCAAAUGAGGAUGUAUUUUUAUUUAUAUCGCUGUUCUAGCUUCACCGGCAAGGCGACUAAGCUUUCCCUUUUAAAGGCUUCUCUGCCAGCAUUUCUCUCUAAAUAAUUGCAGUAUCUUAAUAUUAUAGCACCUUGGCUUUCUAAAGCCCGGGUCCAAAUGGUGUCGGGUUCAGGGUUGGACGGGGCGCUGGGCUGGAAACCCUUCAGACCGAGAACCAUCGCUAUUUACAUUUGCUGAGAGAGCUGCUUGUUGCUGGAGUUCAUAAAAAGCAGCGAUACCAUUUGUUUUCCCCAUUUUAAAAGGCCCGUCACAAGGGACGAGGCUCAUUCAGUACGUGCGUGACGGCAAAGCGGGAACAGUAGCCUGUUGUUAUUAAUUUGCCGGUUGUAUUAUGGUGAUAGGAAGGGAAAUAAUGGGUUGUUAUUUAUUUUUUAAGGCCUCAUCUGUUCUCAGAACAAUGCGGGAGUGUGAUGCCUGAUUUCCCAGCUGAGGACACGGGUUAUUGUUGAGUUUGUCAAGGAGCCGACUUGGGAUUUUAGUGUCUGUGGCUUGUAGGGGUUGUCUACAAAGGUAUUGAAUCAAACGUAGAUUGGGGGAGAACUGGCAUGUGUCGCAGUGUUUUCUCAUAGUAGGAUGCUGCUUCUGCUGUUUGGAAAGGGGGAAAUCGCCGUGUUUGACAGCGUUUCUGUAGGGAUAAUUGUUUUAAGUGGUUCCGGGCACGUUCUGUGAGCAGAAGGUUGCUGACUCUGCUGGAGCUGAGCACGGGAGAGCGUCACAGGCGAGAGCUUUGGCACGCAGGGGCCGCAGGAAGCUAGAUAACCUUCAGGGCACCAGUCACAGUGUCAGGGCAACUAAAGUAAUCAGAAAAACUGGGAGAAAAAAGCAUUUAAUAUCCUGCAGAUGAGCUGUCUCUUGCUUGUUACAUGAAUCAGGGUAUUACAUAAAUGAAAGAGUUAGUAAAGCGGUGUAUUGUUGUUAUAGAGCCAAAUGCGUGCCGGGUGCUUUACAGACGAGAAGAAAAGGUCCCUGCCUUGGAGAGCUGACGAUCCAUAAUGAGCUAUUAUUGAUCAAACCUGCUUUGCGGCAGCUCUGCGAGCCCAUGGGGCUGCUCAGGUCGUAAGAUCUGGGACAAAUAUUUGCACGGAACGCAAGGACUGGUGGUAGAACAGGGCCAGGAGCUAAUUAACCUGCCAAUGUAGUGCAGCGUGUUCUCGUUGCGUGCUUGGGGUUAGGUUUUAAUUCGGCGUUUUACUCCUUUGGUUUUUCUAGGGCUGUGGCUAGAUAUUUCACGCUGAUGUUAAUAUAACAUCUGACAUUAACUGCUUGGGUUGGAUGCUUAGGCAGCUGCUGACCAAACAAAUCAGGGUUAUUUUUCAGCCAGAUAAUUUUCCUGAUCUGAUUCACCGUGUGACCACGUAAAUUAAUGUGCAAGAGCAGAGCAGGGAGCUGGUCCUGGGGCAGAGAAGCGAUUGCUGAAGCUGGUAGUCCUGUUGAAAAGUUUUGGCUUUGUUUUUUUUUCUCUGAAAUGAUGUGCUAGCAUUGCAGGAAAAAAUAUAUAUAUUAAAAAUGCCCUUUCUUGUAGAAGCUCGAGUGAGUAAAACCAAUCUGUGAUUUAAAAAGGGGGCUGUGCUGUGGGCUGUGUGCAGAGAUCCAUGUGAAUAGUUAUCUAAUUCUUGUAGCAGAGCGAGGAGGUGACCGCGGUGAAGCAGCUGGAUUCACGAGCUGAUUCCCGGUGUCCGGUACUUAGAGGAAAUUUCACGGCUUCUUUCAGUCCCCGUGGGAUACUGAACCAGCAGAGACUAUUAGGGCUGCAGCUAAACCCUGUCCUGCGAAGAGGUGUUUUUCAUCGGAGGCCAUGGAGCUCUCGGCUAAUGAGCUCAGCAUUUACGACAAACUGUCGGAGACCAUUGAUCUGGUGAGGCAAACCGGCCACCAGUGCGGGAUGUCAGAAGAAGCCAUCGAGAAAUUCAUCAAGCAGCUCUUAGAAAGAAACGAACCCCAAAGGGGGCCGCCGCGGUACCCGGUCUUAGUGGCUCUCUACAAGGGGCUGCUCACGCUGGGCUUGGUCUUGCUGACCGUUUACUUCGUGGUCCAGCCGUACAACCCGCUGCCACCCGAAGCUCCGCUCUCCAGAGCCCAGGCCUGGGGCUCCCUCGUCGGUCACAUCCGCCUGCUCUCUCUGCCCAUCGCCAAGAAGUACAUGCUCGAGAAAUGCCAGGACUGGUGGGCAGCAGGUUGCAGACAGAACGUUUCUGUGCUUCCUGCAAACUGCACGUUCUGUUCUGCUGUGAAAAGCCUUCAAGUAGCGACAGACUUUGCGGAACUACCAGAGAAGCUCCAGAGGUCUCAGCCUUUUCUAAUCAAGACAGGGCAGUAUCUCUCCUAUGAAGAACUGAAGCAUUUUCAGUCCCAGGAUCCAGAGCUGGCGGAGGUUAUAAUAGAAGAAAAUUCAGCUGAAUUGUGGAGCUGCCCAUUUUUCGUUCCCGGGAACAAAUCUGUGAAUAAAACUCAGAUUCUGCAGGAAUUUUUCCCCACUGCCUCUCUGCCGUCCUUCCCCAGGACAGUGUCCCUGCAGAGCUGCUUCCUCAUCCGCCAUCCAGAGCUGGGGAAUAAGAGCUACAGCUUGCACAGCCUGUUUGCUGUCGGGAGCGGACAGGUCACCCUGACUGUUGUACCCCUGGACAAGUGCAGAGGACGCUGUGAGAUGUUCAAGGUGGAACUGGAGGCUGGAGAUUUGGGUUACGCCAGUGCAGAUCACUGGACGAUGAGCUUCACGGCCAGAGGGACAGAGCCGGUGGUGGUUUGUGACGGAGCUGCCAGCUAAGGACGGUGCGGUGGGAACGGAGCUGUAUCCAGGACAAAACAACUUUCAGCUUGGAGGCCGAGGCAAUGUCUUGAGAGCGAUAGAGCUGGGGCAGCCGGGGCAGGCAGCUUUGCCGCCCUGCAUGUUUACAGUGUUUUAAAAUGACUGUUUUCCCAACCCUUGAGGUAACUCUUUGCCUUUCCUCAAAUGUAUUUUGGGAGAAGCGCAAGCUAUUUAUGACCUUCCCUGUCCCCUCAGGUAAGCCCUGGGUUUGCAGCAAAGGGGUUUUUUUUUUGCCAGGAGCAACAGAGGGAUUUCUCAGGAUGAGAUUCACCUUGUGUCCUUUGUGGAUUAUGGCACUUCUGACACUUCCCUUGGGAUUUUGGGAGCAGAGGGGAUGUGUGACAUUUCUGGGUACGUUCCUCCUGAGGAGGAGGCGGCUUUGAGCCUGUCUUGUCAGGCCAGCUCUGUGAAGGGAAUGAAUUGGUGAGGUGUCCCAGCUCCACCGCGUCUCUCCAUCACGUUUGCGGCUCCGUGCCUCUGUCGUGUGCCUCGCAAAGCCAAGCUCAGCUCCGUGCGCCAGCGCUGAGAUCAGCCCUGCACACCCUUGCCCUCUGCAUCCCUCUUGUACCCAAAGAACCUGUUCAGGACUCUUCUUUGUGUCUUGCUAUCACUAUUCUGUGGUUCUCUGUCAGCAGGUUGUGAGUCAAAUGGUAACUGUGGGGUUUUUUUCUCUCCCCCUCCUUUCCUACAAAAAUACUGGUGAAAGUUUUAGCGGUGCUGAGAGAGCCGUGGUUGUGGAUGGAGACGGGGCUGGGUGCAGAGCAGCUCUCUACGAGUCAGGUAUUCUGAUUGUGGCCCUAAACCACUAGGGCUGCAUGACCGUUCUCAUUCACUCCUUGCUUUUUGAGGUGCUGCCUGCGUUCCCAGCCCAGGGCACCCACGGCAGCACCUGAAAGCUUCCUCAGCCCUGGCAUUUCUUGCGUCGGCUCCUUCCAGACCUGGAGCUCUGUCCUCAAAAUGAACGUUGGUUUUUCCCGAGUCCUUUCCAAGCUGCCUUCGCAUGCUUCCUCUUGCUUCAUCCCUGAGAGAGGCUCGGUUUCAGUGUUUGCAGGCUGCGGACGCUGCCGUCCCUUCCAAGUCUGAUCCUCUGGGCUUGAUCUUGCUGUUGAAGAUCAUUUACAGAUGUGUUAGGCUGAACUCAUAGGCCAGGGCUGUGGUUCAGGACAUACUCUCACACUUGUUAAUAUGGAAUUGGGAGGGGUUUUGUUUGAAAGCGAGUUAACUCUGUUCUCGGGAGCGAGAACCUUUCCCUCCGUACAUAUUUUAGGUACGUGUAAAACGACAGAUUGGAAGAUUGUCUGUCCAGCCUUUGUUUUUGAGCAAGACCGGGAGGAUGGGAGCAAACAUCGUGCUAAUCUUAUUAGGGUCUGAUGGAAGCUGCCAAGUGGGGUGACCACGUCUGGCUCCUGCACAAGGAUGAGGCAGAGGACAGUGCCUGCUCCAAAGAAUUUAGUCCGAGGCCUUGACAUUAUGAAUAUUUCUAUGCAUAACCCUUGUUUUCCCCCUGUAAAUGAGUAAGAACAAUCCCAGCACCUGGUCAGUCUGUGCACCUGGCCCUCGACAUGACCAACACACCAGAUCGGGCAGAACCAAAGCGGGAGAGCCUGACUCUCUCAGGACGGACAAGGACUAAUUUAAUUCGUAGCGAAAUAUUAAAGGGAAUUGGAUUAAUAAGACCUCCGUUAGUAUUUUUAAUGCUUGGGGUAUGUUUUACACUUGUGACACUACGUGCAAUCCCGUACAUGCCAAGACACACACAGCACCCCUCUCCCUCCGCUUAGUUCAUGGAAAUCGGGGAGUUUGGUGAUGGCAGAAUUAAGGCCUCGUUAGUGACUGUUGCUAUUUACACUUUGGCAGCUUCUCGAGCCAAAUUCAAGGGCUGAGAAGGUGAUUUCACCUCUUACUGGUUUUGUACCUGACCCGUUUCUGUAAAGCGUUUGGUUAGAGAUGCAGGAGGGAACCUGCCGGGCCUGUUAUCGCUGAGAUUGUGGGUGGUUUGGUGAUGCUGUUAUUUCUAAGUGUCCUUGAAUGUAACUUGUAAAAGAGCUGCAGAGACAAUUCCCAAGUGUCCGUGAAAUGCCUGAAUUUUGUGAGCUGUUGUGGCUGGCUGGCUCCUUUGGGGAGAAACAGAGAAACUGGAUCUGUUUGCGGUUGCUGUUUAGAUUGGGGGGGACGGGGCGGCUCUGGGGCAGGUUUGUGCCUAUUUAGCAGAAGUGCUCUGGUUUAUUGCCUCUCCCCUCCUCAAAGAGUUGCAGCUGGUUGGAUGGAAGAUGCUGAAUCUGGACCGUUAGCCGAUCAGCUUUCCAAGUGCACUUUAUGGUCUCUGCAUAAGUUUCCAGGUCUGUGUCUAGGCGAUACAUUGCAUAUGUCCCAACCUCGCUCCCUUUGGAGUUUACGUCAUUUGUUUUUAAACUUCCAGUAUAUUUUCUCUUCCUCUUCCAAAAGCUGUAAGGAAUUAGCUGCUAAACCGAAACAGGAGGGCAGUUCUCCUGCUGAUAAAGAGCUGAUUUUGGCCUCGCCGCUGCUGAGAGCGGAGCUGUAGGACGGCUUCUAGAGCAGCUCCUGCUCCAGCUGCCAGACAAGUAGUGCGGACGCCUUCUGCGCUGGGGAGCCGCGGUGGAAACCUUGGAGGUGAGCCCGGAGUGGCAAAACUAGGAUGACCAAAAGGAGGUUUUGGUACCUUGGCCAAAGGCUGCAGGCGAGCCCUUCAUCAUCUGCGGCUUCAGCUUCGCCAAGGCUGUGAGUUCCGUGGAGAGCCGGGCAGCUCCUGCAUCUGCCCAUGCUGAACUGGGGGGAAUGUGGCCGUUUCCUCAGCGAUAUUGAGGCAUCGUGGCCACAGCCGUGAUGGGACAAGUCGCAGAGGGUGUGUGCGUGUCCCAUGCUGGUCUCCGUCACCUCCAGCGUCACUUGGCACAUGUGCUGGUUUGGCCAGUCCCGCUGCCCACCCCCAGCUCAGCGUGUGGGUCUCAGCUUUGGGAAACCUGUUGCUGUGCUCCAGCGCUCUGCGCCGGUGAGCUGGAGGUGGAAUCCUGCUCACCCGCCGUCCCACGGCCCCAGAGAUCUGGGCCAUGCAGGAGCAUCACGGGUUAACGCUGGUUUCCAAAAGCAGGGGCCAUUGACUGUUGCUCUCAGGGUAACUGAAAGGAGGAGAAAGGAGUAUAUUAUUUACUUCAGUACCGGGAAAUCAGCAUCCCCUACGGGAGCCAAGCUGCCGGUUUCUAUUGAUUCUCUUUAUUUCUUCUGUUUCCCCUCCCGCUGGCGUUGCACACCGAGUCUCCCCAAGGCAGCCCUGCACAUCCCAGCCUCAAACCCCCUUUGCAACACCCCGGAGAUCUCUGUAGGGUCAGGUUUCCCGGGAUUCUUGGGCCCUUUAGCUUCUCCCGCUAAUCCUCUCGCUGGAACGCUCUGGUGGAGAAGCUGGUUUUACUGGGCUGGAUCACAGCUUUCCUGGCUUUAGCAGCAAACCUUGCACGGCCUGUGCAGCGAGUCCCGCUCGGAAUUGAGGAGCGGGACAGGAUCCUGUUUCUAGAGGUGCCAACUUUGCAAACUCCAGCUUAUCAGAGGAUCGUUCCUCCUGCGUUUGAACAUCCAAACUCGCACCAGGGGGAUGAAGUUUGCGGAUCUGCUCCAUCCCGGCCUCAGUGGUUUGUGUUUAGUCCCAUAGUCAAGAUAACCAAACGCUUUCCAGGGUGAGGCCAUUUCUUUGGGUGCACAAAGAUCUUUUGCUUCCUGCAAACCAGACUUUCUCCUCUUGGUAUAUUUUAUACGUAGGACUAUACAUUCUCCUCUUCAGGAAACUCCUCGGAAGGGAUAGAUUUACUGUCCUGCUGCGGUGACCAGGGGCGAUGCUGGGCUUCCCCUUUGCUUCGGAGACUCAAACAGAUGACAGGUGAUUUAUUUGUAGCAUUAUCUCUUUGUCUGCAGGGCGGGGAGGCACCUUAUAAAGGCUCAGGGGUGCUGGGUAGUAAAGCUAUAGAUACAUAGAGACUGUUUCAACGCUGAACACUAUCAAUUCAGUGGUGGAUUAAAACAAAAAGGAAUGUAAAUAUGCACUUAAUGCAGAAUUUUAUGGAUGGUCAUAAUUUAAUAUAUUGCAGACUUUGUAAAUACUUGGAAAAAGCCUGUAAAGUGUGUAAAUAAAUGAGAUUUGUAUGUCAGGAGAAUUAAAAAAAUUUUUACUUUUUGCAAUUAAAUCCAAGCGUUAAUGCACCUUU